AUGACCGCACAUGACAUGAAAUGUUCAGGACACGGUUAAUUUUGUCUUCUUGGUUAUGCUUUACCUUAUCUUAAAUUUUUGUCUUCCCAGUCAUUUUGUCCACAAUCAAAAUAAUAAGCCCGGAAAGUUUUACAUAACACAACCUGCGAAAACCACCAAAAGGUAUGACAUGAAAUAACCUUCACGGUACAGUGACCCUCAAAGAGGUCACGCAAACUGAUCGUGUGGCUGGCCUACUCAGCAGUCUUCCGACACCCGGGAGUGAACAGGGUGGUAAGCAAAGAUCGAGUCAUACAGAUUAAUUUUCACCGUGUAUACUGUGUACUUCUCCGAGAAAAGUACACGUCUAGACAGUCCUCCCUGCAACUUCUGUUCGACACCUGGCCACGAAUCUAAAGCCAACUUCAUUUCACAUCAGUUAAACCUGUCUUCUCUUCAUCCCUGUGCUGAUUGUGUGGUAGAAGAUUCGAAGGACACCAACUACUUCCUGGCUUUUCAAGGGAUCCUCUUCCGACAUUCCUAAAAUCUGACACUCAAGUCUCGCUGUUAAUGAACUUUUACAAUGCAGAUGCUGGCCAUACUAUUUUCUGCCGUCCUGCUGUCGUGCUGCGGACCAUCUCUGGCGUACUCGGAAGGAGCACCGCAAAGCGCAUGCGUAGACAUGUUCCCUAGCGGACAUGACGUUAAGGCUCAGUCCUCCACACCGCCAUACGAGCUGUUGGUCAGCAGCACUAGUCUCACAGCCAACACACAGUACAGUGUGACCCUGCAACUGAAGGCGGACACGAAUACUCACCACUUCGUGGGAUUGUUCGUGCAAGCGCGUCUUGCCGAUGACUGCAGCGUCACAUCCCCCAUCGGCAACUUCUCCAUCCCAUCCUACGAACAAUUCUUGAUGCAAAUGUCUUGCAAUGCAGCAAACGAUGCGUUGACUCAGAACAAUGCAGUUAUGAGUAUGGAGGAGAGCAAGUGGUUUACUUGGACAUCGCCGCCUACCAUUCCCGGCACCAUCUACUUCAGGGCGACGGUAGUGUAUGAAAAGACGUCAUUCUGGACCAACGUCUACUCGAACUUCCUGCUGCCGUCGGGCGCCAAACCAAACCCGCAGGUCUGUGCAUUGGUACCAACGACAACGUCGUCCACUACAACGGUCACAUCGACAAAGGUGUCGUCGACUGUACGAACGUCAGACGCAUCGAUUGUCUCCCUUGCUGGGGUGUUGACGGCUGUUGUGGGUGUUGUCGCCCUUGCUGCAAGGAUGUGACGUUGCGAGACUUCGUCGUUUGAAAACAAAAGUUUCC